CAAGCCAGCUUCUCUUCCUUUCCUCCUCCAUCUUCUUCUCUUAACUACUCUGUAACUUGUUAAAUUAGCCAUGGCUUCCAACAACUUUAAGUUUUUAUUUAGGUUGAUUUCGCUUCUUAUAGCCACUGCCUCUGCUCAGUUGUCCUCGAACUUUUAUGCAACAACAUGCCCCAAUGCACUCACCACCAUUAAAUCAGCAGUGGCAUCCGCAGUCAAGAAAGAGGCUCGCAUGGGAGCUUCCUUGCUUCGUCUUCACUUCCAUGACUGCUUUGUUAAUGCAAACAUCAUCAAAUCUCAAUUAGAGAACCUAUGCCCCGGUGUUGUCUCUUGUGCUGAUAUAUUAGCAGUUGCUGCUCGUGACUCCAUUGUUGCUCUAGGCGGGCCAAGUUGGACUGUUCUUUUGGGAAGAAGAGAUUCAACCACAGCAAGCCAAAGUGCUGUUAAUUCCAACAUCCCCUCCCCACUCCGAGAUCUUACCACCCAGCUCUAUAUGUUCACCAAUAAAGGUUUCACAGUUAACGAAACGAUAACUCUUUUAGGAUCGCACACAAUUGGACAAGCUAGGUGCACGUUUUUCCGAACACGUAUCUACAACGAAACCAACAUUGAUUCCACCUUUGCCACAUCACUACGGAAAAAUUGUCCGGCCACCGGGGGAGACAAUAACCUUGCUCCUCUAGACGCUACAAGUCCAACAUCAUUUGACAAUGCAUACUUUAAGAAUUUGUUGAACGAGAAAGGACUGUUGCCUGUCGAUCAGCAGCUCGUCAAUGAAGGCAUCAUAUACUCUCAAAUCACUGAAUACAGCAACAACGAAGAAACCUUCAGGACAGACUUUGCAAAUGCAAUGGUAAAGAUGGGGAGUCUGAGUCCACUCACGGGUUUAAAUGGCCAAAUAAGGAAAAACUGUAGGAGGCAGAACGCACAAAUCAGCCCCUCUACUCACAAUGUUAUGAAAUGUCAACUCCUCUACUCUUUUUGGUAGCAUCGCGCCCUCUCUACUUACUAAAAACCCAUGCAAACCGCCCCUUUUGCUUGUGAUGACAUCUUAAAAUGUCAGCAUUGCGUUUCCCCUUCCGUCGCCCCGUUCAGCCUUGCUUAUGUGGAGCUAAGUUGGAAAAAAAAAAAAAAAAUUCUUUGUGU